CAAGCACGGACGUAUCUCUAUGCUCGCUGUGGCGGGUCACCUCGUCCAGCAGAACUUCAGGCUCCCGGGAAUGUUGUCGACCUCGGCCGACCUCUCCUUCGCGGACAUGCCAAACGGGUUGGCUGCCCUGUCGAAGAUCCCGGCUCUCGGGCUCUUCCAGAUCAUUGCCUUCAUCGGUUUCCUCGAGAUCGGUGUGAUGAAGCAGAAGGAGGGUUCUUUCCCGGGUGACAUGACCCUUGGUGGCGAGCCGUACGCGUGGACUAAGUUCUCGGACGAGGUCAAGGAGCAGAAGAGGGCGAUCGAGCUUAACAACGGUCGCGCGGCGCAGAUGGGCAUCCUGGGCCUCAUGAUGCACGAGGCGGUAAACAACCACCCGUAUAUCAUCAACGUCCCACCGCCAGCUACUUACCUUCUAAUCUAGGCGUGGAGUCUUCGACGAUGCAGUUGUCAACCCUGUGCUCGGGUGGUGCUCUGUGACUAUGGAGCUGCAUUGUUGUCAGCGUAGAAUCGCAUCGCGGUCGAGUCAUCGACCGGCAAUGCUCUUAAGCCAUCAAUGGACUUCGGGUCGCUGGGGCGGCUACUGGUUCAACAAGAUGGCAACCAUAGUCACAUCACUGUUUUUUGGGUACUACGUUGUCGAGUACUCAUUUAAAUUUGCUGGCCUAAGUUUUAUGAGUCUGCAGAGCUUAUAACGAUCGGCUCAGCUUUUUUGGUAUACUGCAGAAUGACGGGUUAGGAGUCAUUGCUGCCAGUCAAUAGAAUGGAGGACCCAACCGUAACUUUCUUUUCUUUUUUGUGGUCUGUUGGCCGUUUUCUUGGCGGAAUCACAAAUGCUUGUUGCUCCAUGUGCGAUGCCUGGGCGAUUUCAGCCGAAAAACGACUUGUUGAUGCCCUGUUCACGGACAUGACGCCCUGUCCCAUGCAGUUCUGCCAUACAGUGGCGCCACCAACAUUUCGCACUAGACAGGCUGAUGUAUCGUGCGAUGAACAACCACGUCGCUUUGUUGUGCGCUUGUUGAUGUCGUCGGUACCAUGUCGGAACGCAAGUCCGACUUGACCGAUUUGUCCGGUCACAAGCUCAUAUGUGCAUGAACGCAUUCGAUCGAGCUUCACCCCUCUAUUAAAUAGUGCUGGAAGCCCGAAGGGGGCACUGCACUCAAAUGCCUAAUGACCGCACUGUAGUCACCCGAGGCUCCGCUGUGUGCAGCGCAUGUGAGAACCCUUGG